AACACGACACGGUUCACUACCUGCUUUUAACAAUUCCCCUGGAAAUGACCAAAAAAUGGGAGGAAAGACGCGAGCAUAUAAUGGAGAUUGCCAGUGUGACGGGGAUGACGUUACGUGAGUUGCAAGAACGCAUGUUCAAGUACUACAAUUUUAAGGCUAGUUUACGCUCCUAUAAACGUAUUUUGUCUCGAUGGGGCAUUCAGCUGCAUCGUCAGCGUUUCAUCUUUCCAACCGCUGGUGCCGUAAAAAAGACCGGUUCUGGAAAUAUUUCGGCUGCAUUGGAUGAGUUUGUUACCAAGUUGUACUUGGAUUAUCAUACUGAUAAGGAGUCACUGGCUCAGAUACAGGCUGUGUUCGGCUUAAAGCUUUCGAAACGGGCAUUACAUUAUCGCAGAAAACGUCUUUGCUUAAAAAGACCGAGAUUGCCAACAGAUGUUGCCAAAAGCCGUGCUCAGGCCGCUGAGUCGCAGUACAAUGUGUAUUAUGAAUCAAAAGGAUCGGUGAAUGGAAUUCCAAACAAAACACAAUCGGAAACACUUUCUGCAGAAAGUGAAGAAGAUUCAGAGUCUGGGAGUGCAGCCACUCGCGACUCUUUUGAUGCAUCUUCUCAUAAAAGUCUCUCUCCUCCUUCACUCACUUCCAAGGAGCAAACCUCUUACUAUAUGGACGGCUCUAUUGAGUCUGCUCCGCACCCGGUUAUGUCGUCUGUGAAUGGCUACGAUCAGAUUGCUUCGCAAAGUCUUUACAUGCAGGCGCCUACAGUCAACCCACAUAUGAACCUUCCUCAGUCUGGCAUGUACAUUCCCAAGCACACGCUGGUUGCUCACGAGACGAAUGUCGUGUUACAGCCAACGAAUGGAGACGGUCAUGCAAUUGUUGAGUAUCCGAGUUAUGUUGAAUUGGAGUCGUCACAAUCCAGCGCGUCAACAAUUCCACCGGACGUUGCCCAUUACGAACAGACCGUGCAGUUAGAAGGCGUGCCACAUUACCAAACCGGUAACAUGGUAGGUUAUGCUCACGUUGGUGUUCAUGAUCAACAACAUCCCGAAGAAGGUCCUGAAAUGUCUCACCAGCAAUAUUCAUCCCACGAGAAUUCAGCGCCUUUGUCGCUGCCGAGUGAUGUUACUUACAACACGGGCAAAUCAAUGGCCCACAUGCUUCACGAUGACCCACACACAGUGAACGCUGCAAUGAAUUAUGUUUCUGCAAAUCAUCUGCUAAACCUUCAUGUACCUGAAGGUAGUACCGGUAUUUCUCAUUAUGAUGCCACCGUUUCUUGUCCCAUGCCCUACCCAGAAACAUCAACCAAUGAUGCUUCUUUGCAUCAACUAGAUCCAAAGGUAUACUAUUAUCAUGCUUUACCUGGUCAGGAACACGAUCAGCACAAUUUGCACCCAUCUUGCUCUAGCUAUGCGAACGGCGCUCCAGUCAUCAUGCAAGCGAGCCUUUCGUUAGGCGGGGUAAACCACGUGUACGCUGAUGAACAUGGUUGCGCUCAGGGCAUGAACCAUGUGCAAGACUACGACCACGCUACAGCUGGUGGUAUGCAUGAACAUUUGGUGUUGCACAAAGAGCAUGCCUACGAACAGUAUCCGACGAACAUGAACCUGUCCUUGCAGCAGGUGGACCAUGCACUUUCCAUGGACGCUAACCACGAUCUUCAUCAGCAAGCGACCACUAUGGAUUCUGUUCCCGAUACAACGAUAAACGAUUUACCAUUGAAGAAACAUUUCGUGCCGGAAGCAUAUUCCACUUUGCCUGUCAGUAUCUACUCCGACCAGACUAUAUUCCUUCAUUCCGAUCCUGCCACUCAAUCGCAUUUUGAGUCGUCUAACACUCGUUUCCCCUUCCUGAGUCAUGCACAUGACACCGGUUUCUCCAAACCGGAGCUCUUCCACGAGCAUCCUUUGUCCCAUCAUCCUCUGCCUCCGGAAACACUUCGCUCGAUCUAAAUUGGUUCCUAUUGCCAUCCACAAUUUCUCUUCGACCUUCUUUUCAUUCAUCAUCAUCUUCAUCAUCAUACCCCCUUCUUAUUUAUUGCCUCCUCAUGCAACAUACUGCUGUAUAAAUGUUUUGUCACAGAACAGCAUGAGUAGGGUUAACCUUCGGCCAUUAUCGGGAUCCCUUUCCAUUCCUUUCAUCAUAAUGCCUGAACAAAUGUUCAGGUUGCAUUCAUCAUAUACUGUUCAAACAUGCUUGGGGCAUAAACAUGUUCCAUAGCAAGCAGUACCUCAUACACAUAAUCGGCAAAUGAACCAGGAUUUGCUCUCAAUGGCAUGGCUAAACAUUCGUUUCCAGCCUUUGUUUGCUACCUUUCUGGCCAACUUGCUUUCUUUCUACACGAUAAGUCACUUCUUGCGCCGUAGCAAUUAUCGGUGCAUACGGAGAUGGUUUAUUGCGUAAUGCAUUUAAUGAAGCUGUUACUUACGCUUCUACGUAUUUAUUUAUCUUAUAUCACUGGGUUCUUUUUAACUUAAACAAUUUACAAUGUGGGUUAUUCUGUUCUCUCUUUUUUUUUUUAUUUUUUCUAGAGAGCUGUCAGACGUGAAUGCUAUAUGAAAGUAUAUUCAAUAGUGUAUGCGAAAAGCGGCUCUUCAUUCUUAAUAUUAACAAAAAAAUAAUGAAUGAUAUUACGACGAACGA